AUGAACGAUGGAACGCUCGACGACACCGCAUCCAAGCUCGCCGAGCUGCUCAAGCACCCGGACGACUUGGACAAGCUGCCCUCACUGCGCAGCGAGUUCACUCGCAAGAAGGCGGCCAUCGACGGCCAGCUUAAGCAUGGCCUGAAAGAGCAACUGGAGAUUACUCAGAAUGGCAUGACAAGUAUCAAUGAGGGCCAAAAGAUUGUGGCCCUCAUCAAAGAGGAGAUGAUGAAGAUCGACAAAUUAUGUACAGAGGCGCAAACCAUGAUCGAGGACUUUCCAGAAAUCAAUCGUAUGAGCAUCAUGCAGCGUAACUUUGCGGCAGUCGAGAGUGUCAAGGCGAGCAUUGACACUUUUGCGCAACAACUUGCGGAUCUUGAACAACUACUGCGCGAGGAUGACGAAGAUCUCAAGAACCAACCAAACCUACUUGCGAUUCAUUCUGGGCUUACAACGCUGCGUGAUGUGAGAGACUCGGCUAUGGAGCAGGUCAAGGGAAGCGUAGAUGGCGCCUCAGGCUUGGAACUCAUUGAAAAUCUCCCCUUGGAGUCCGGGAUUACCCUACGAGAUCUCUUUACGAAGCUUGAUGAUGUGGUCGAAUGGUUUGACGAGCAUGUUGGGCAAGCGUGCUUGAACCUGAUAGGGUUGGUCCAAACUGGGAACAAUGGGCUGGUCGUCAGGCUUGCACUGGUGAUUGAAGAGGAGGAGAAGAAAGACCGCCAGACAAAGGCCUUGCAGGAUGCUCAGCGCGAAUUCCAAGACGUCGCGUCUCGCUUGCAGAACAUCAAUGUCCGCCAGAGAGAUCUCCGAGGUUACAAGAAGAAAUUCCUGCAGGCAGUGGAGCUGAGCGCACAAGCACAGUUCGGAGCGGUUCGGGAGACAUUUGACGAGGACUCCGAUAAACUCGAGAAGGCCUGUAGAUGGUUCUUCAACGAUUUGAACACUGUCAAGCUCGGCAUGCAGACCCUAAUGCCGAAGAAGUGGAAGAUUUUCAAGACAUAUGUCAACAUCUACCACAAACUGAUGCAUGAUUUUCUUGUUGAAAGGCUUGAUGACGAUUCAAUUGGACCGGUCCAAAUGCUAGCCAUCUUGAAUUGGGUGGAAAAGUAUUACGGCAAGAUGAAACGUCUGGAGGUCAAGGUUGAAGACCUCAAACCUCACGUUAUUGAUGAGCGAGAGAAUGACCUAGUCAGGGAGUAUCGCAACGUCGUUACUCGCGCAGUCGAGGAAUGGAUGGACCGCAUGGCAGCGGCCGAUAGAAAGACGUUCCUGUCCCGCGCAGAGGACAGCCUGGACCAUGAUGCAGACAAUCAAUUACAUACGAAGUCUCUCAGUGAUAUGUGGACGAUGCUGCGGGAGCAGUUGUCGGUUGCCCAAUCCUCAGAUCGGCCCGAUGUUGUCGAGGGUGUGAUCGACGCCAUGAUGACCGCGCUCAAGGGUCGCCAGCAGAUGUGGGAGCAACUUAUCACGGAGGAUUUCCGCAAGAUUGAGGCCGCGCCAGAUCCGACACACUUGGAGGGCGUCAACGCAUUACAAGACUGGCUUGUCGCCAUCGCGAACGACCAGAUCACCAUCAUUGACGACAAUCCCGAGACCGGAGCAGUAUCAUUCCUCACGCGCUUCCGGACCGAAUAUGAACCCCUCGUCACACCUGCGUAUCUCGUCACGAGUCAAAGCGAGCACGAUAACCUGCAGAACGGAUACGUCGAUCUGGCCACCUACGGUAUGCACUUGUUCGCCUCGGUCAUCUUCGCAACGGAUAUCAAACCGGUGUUGUCAGAAUUUUUCACGCCGGCGUGGUACGGCAAGAUGCCGGGCACGAUGGCGUCUAUCACGACCACUUUCGAAGACUAUCUCAAGGACUACACUUCAGUGCUACACCCAUCGCUCCGUGACGUUCUUGUCGAAGAGCUUUCCGACGCGCUACUCGUGCGCUAUCUGGGAUGCGCCAAGAACAAGAAUGUGAAAUUCAGGCGGCAGGAUCCUUUUACCGACAAGAUUCGCGACGACAUUGUCACCGUCUUCAAUUUUUUCAACCAAUUCGGCGCGACAUUCGACCUAGUAAAGGACAAAUGGAGAGCGGUGAAUGCGUUUGAGAACCUAUUGAGCGCGGACAAAGGCGCCGGCGUGCUCGAGGCGUUUACCAGGCUGAAAGGACAGUACUGGGAUGUGCAAAUCGGUUGGUUAGAGGCAGUCCUGCGCAGUCGUGAUGAUUUUGAUCGGGCCAUGCUCAGUGGAGUCAAAGCCAAGGCUGCCGAGCUCAGUCUGGAACGCGGCGCAGAGGCGACGGUGAUGAGCAAGGUGAGAUGA